AUGGCUGAUGAAGAUGCAGCGACUGGCAUUGAAGAAAAAUUCUUAAAACUGGGUUCCAAAAUUAUUGAAUACAGCAAAAGAAAAAAUCUAAAAGGAUCGGAGCCACUUCUCGAUCUACUAAAGUGUGACUCUGAUGAUGAAGAGGAUACUCCGCCCACUUCAGGUAAAUAACUUUUUAAAGGACACUACUGUACAUUAAUUUGCCACAACAUCCUUUCUUUUUGUUAGUGUUUACAAAUAUAGGAUAUUACCUGGCCGCGCGGACAGGGACCGCGGAGGGGGAGGGGCUGGUAGGGCCGCGGCCCCACCACUUUUUUGCGCCCCCGCCCCUACUUUUUGCGCUGAAAAGAAAAAUAAUUGAAAUAAUAAAAAAAAAAGACUUGAAACAAGUUUUUUUCCGUCUAUAUUCCGCUAUAUUCUCUGUAUUUUCUUUAAUUUCAAACGCCAGGCAUUUUGUGGGGCUCUUGUUCUUUUCGAGGUAAUUGUGCCCUGGGGCCGACUGGCCCCUUGAUCAAAUGCCAUGCCUUGGCCACCCCUUCGCUUCGUUCGGCAGCGUGUUUUGUACUUCCAGCUCCGGCAGAGUUUUUUUAUCAGUUUUAUCAAACGAAAUGAAGAAAAUUACCAGCUUUUUCAAGCCAAACGAAGGUGAGUAGUUGUUUUGAGUUGAUAAAAGUUUUAUAUUUUGUCUUUCUCCUUUGGAAUCAAUGAAAUAUUCGAUGGCAAGAAGAAUUACAUUACUUGAACUGUGAACGGCCAUAGUUAGAAAUUUUUCAGAUCACUUCAGUGUAGUAUUUUCUAUACUAAAAUUGUAAUCGCGUCUUUUCUUGCAUUGAAUCUCAACUGACCGUGUAUGUUGGUCGUUUAUUAGACUUAGCUGGGACUUCGUCAAAGUCUGUAAGCUUUGUAGAAAAGACGACAACUACUUGCAGUGAAAAUGGUGAGUUUGAGUUUGAUCUGUAAACAUUUCAAUAUAUUGUUAAAAGUUUCAUUUUUUGGAAGUGCGAGUUGUUUCUGACUAAUAUUCGUUAAGUGUAAUUAGAUUUUUGGUGAUGGGUUAUAUAUUUAUUCUAUUUAUAACAUUCUACUUAUUGUCAGCAAUCCUGUAAUUUAGCACACACAUUUGCUAGACGGAAUCAAAAUCGUAUGAAGAAUUUCGUUAUCUUCACUAAUGCCGACCUAUAAAGAGAAACAAAUACUGGAUAGAGUAUGCAAAGUCACGCGACAGAAACAAAUCAAAUACUAUGAUUUUAUUCCUUUUUUCGAUUUUCAAUAUGAAAAAAUCAUUUUCAAUUGUCCGCCCUCCCACAUUUUACCGUGCUCCGCGGUCCCUGGCGGAGAUAUACGAAAUUUCUCUUUGAGUGUUGAAAAAUGUUUCACAAGUAAGCGCAGCGAACGAGUGAAAUAUUUUCAAACACCAUUAUGAUUAAAAUAAACACCAAUGAAAUGCCAAACCAUUUCAAUUAAAUAUUUUUUGGCUGCAAAAGGCAGGAUUUGUUAUGUAGCGAUAGCACUAGUGAUCUUUUCAUAAUUAGGUGAAAAUAAUAUGCAUUUUCAUGUGUGAAGAUAUCAUGUUUUUCGCACAAAAGCUCACCUGGUAUUUCACUGGUGUUUAUAUAAUAAAUUUUUAUAUCACUUUUAAUAACCCCUUCUCCUUUCUUUCUUACUCUGACCCAUUACUAUGGUUAGGGCAGAGGAAAACAAAACAGUGAAUGGGUGUUCCCCAUUAAGUUAACACAUUUCUGUCUCUUGUGAAACAAAAACCGAUCAGUUACUUUUAUGUCCAAUUUAUAUAGAGGACCAAGCACUCAUUGCUCUGUGUCUUUUGCCGAUGAUACUUGAAAGGGCACCGAAAAAUGGCCAGAGCCAAUGUGACUUUCUUUACCAGGUAAGAAAACAACAAUACAGUUAGAGUCAAUACCCUAUCUUUCUUGUUCAUAUAAAUGCCAUUACAAAUCAUAGUUGUAAGAUAUUACAUAAAGCUCGAUCUCUGCAUCUCUCUGAUGUUUGAAUUUUUCAUAGUUUUUACCUUCAUGUUAACAACCAUGAAUGUUCCAGUUGAGUGACACUUGCCAAAAAUUAAAAUAAAUAAGCUUACCUUCAGAUUACGUAUAAUAAUGCAUCAGUCAAUAUAGGUAAAGGUUGUUUGCUUACCACUACAACAUGCCUAGUAUCAGAGACAUACUUUUCGUCACUUACCGCAUUAUAAAGAAUAUUAGAGGGUUCAAAAUCAGCUUGCAAUAAAGUAUGAAGAUCAACGUAGAAUUUGCCAGCGUGCUUUACUCGACACUUUACUCAGGCAAAAGUGUCAGCGGUUUCUACUGUGACCAGUGGAGGGGUCGUUUAAGGUGGCACGGAACUAUUAUUUUUUUAAGCGCUUUGGUUAUAUUUUUUAAUCGCGUUUUGUGGCAGGAACGAUUCAAACGAUUUCUAUGAUUUUUUUUUACAGUUUUUGUGAAAAUUCGGUUUUAGACAUAAUCUGAUAUCUCAAAAAGUUUUUUACCUACACGAAAAUAAAUAACUGUUUCUUAAAUUUUGACUAUUCUUUGUUAAGAUGGCAAAAUUCAUAGAAAUCGGUUAAAUCGUAGCAAUCGUAAAAAACACAAAUAGGGUUUGGGCUACCUGAAGAAUUGGAUGAACAUACAGAACUUUCCAUUUCGAUAUUUAUUGCCAUUUAUCAUGCUGCAGUAGUUGAUAAAACACAUUUAGUGAAAGUGUUCUUUUGGCUUAUUUUUCCUCUUAGAAUGGUGAUGAUGCAAAGCAAAUUGCCCAUAACGCCAAGGAGGGAAUGACGCCCUUUAUCAUCUUUGAGGGGCAACUGCAAGCCUCAGAUGACAUAUACCUUAGUGGGGAAAGGAAUCUCCUCCUAAAG